AUGGACAACACCGGCAAAGAGAAGGAGGCCAUGCAGCUGAUGGCGGAAGCGGACAAGAAGGUCAAGGCGUCCGGAUCCUUCCUGGGGGGGAUGUUUGGAGGGAACCAUAAGGUGGAGGACGCCUGCGAGAUAUACGCCAGAGCGGCCAACAUGUUCAAGAUGGCCAAGAACUGGAGCGCUGCAGGGAACGCGUUCUGUCAGGCUGCUCGGCUCCACAUGCAGCUCCAGAACAAACUGGACUCGGCCACCAGCUUUGUUGAUGCCGGAAAUGCCUACAAGAAAGCCGACCCGCAGGAGGCCAUUAACUGUCUAAACCAGGCCAUUGACAUUUACACUGACAUGGGUCGCUUCACUAUCGCGGCCAAACAUCACAUCACCAUCGCAGAGAUCUACGAGUCUGAGCUGGUGGACAUCGAGAAGGCUAUUGCUCACUACGAGCAGGCAGCAGAUUACUACAAAGGAGAAGAAUCCAACAGUUCAGCCAACAAAUGUCUCCUGAAGGUGGGACAUUACAGCGCUCAGCUGGAGCAGUACCAGAAGGCUAUUGAGAUCUACGAACAGGUUGCAAUGAGCACCAUGGACAACCCUCUGCUGAAGUACAACGCUAAAGAAUACUUCUUUAAGGCCUCACUGUGUCACUUCAUCGUGGACGAGCUCAAUGCCAAGCUGGCCAUUGAGAAGUACGAGGAGAUGUUCCCAGCCUUCUCAGACUCCAGAGAGCUCAAACUGCUGAAGAAACUGCUGGACGCUCACGAAGAGCAGAACAGCGAGGCGUUCACGGAGGCCGUCAAAGAUUUUGACUCCGUGUCUCGCCUGGACCAGUGGCUGACCACCAUGCUGCUGCGCAUCAAGAAGACCAUCCAGGGAGACGCCGGUGACCUGAAGUAGAUGAAGGUGGAAGAGGGGAGGAUGAAGAAGGUGGAGGAUGGGCUUUAAAAGUGUCUUCAGGUGGAACAGAGGGAGUGGGGGUGUAAGGGAGGCUGGCGGGAGUUUACAGUUGUACAUAUCAGUCUGCAUGUGACCCCCCAUAAACAAAGCAUCACCUUACUGUUAGACGUGUCCCCGUCCAGCAGCUGUCAUGGAGAGGAGGGUGUGUGAGAGCACGAGUGAGAGUGGGUGAGUCCACAGCAGGAAAGCUUCUCCUUUGUGAUGAGGGAAGCUUCACUUCCAGGAGAUCCAGAGAUACGUGUUAGGUUACAGACAAGACAAAAUGAAGAUAUUUAUUGUCCAUUAGGAGAAUAAUUCUUGUUUAUCAUGGUGUUCUGUGUUAUGAUUCAUCUUAAUUUUAACGUAUUUGCCUCUUCUUUGCUUCCUCACUCACUUGUUGUCUUCCUCCGUCUUGUCCCGUUCUUGCCCCCAUGCUCCAUCAGUCAGUGAAAGCGUCCGUUGUGAUUGGCUGAUUCUUUGUGAACCUGGUUAUGGUCAAGCGGCGCUGGUGCCUGGUUUGUGCAUGUCUGAUGUCAUGUUGAUAAGUGUCCCUGUGUUGUGAAGAACAUAUGAGCAGCCUGGUGUCAUUUCUGUGAAUUUAAUCAAGAUGUUCCUCAGAUAUCCAGUUGAAAUAAAAAGAUCAUCACUCCUAAAA